AUGCAGAACUCUCUGUAUUUUGCGCGCCCAGAUUUCAACGGGUCGGCUUUACAGGACGAGUCCUGCUCCGGUAACAACCCCUCGGGCAUUUCCAUCCCCACUCUUGCCGACAUCACCAACGCAAACACAUCCGACCAUCGCAACACUCUUCGAGCCAGCACUUCCAGCACCAGCACUGGCGCUAGCCCCGAUGAUACCUCGACGGAUUCCCCGGACUGGCCUGGCGACGCGGCCGAUCGGUCGCUUGCCGAUUUAGAUGGCUCCUCCAACAAUUAUUACCUGUCGCAUCGGCCAGACUCCUCCUCCUCGGCCUUCCUCGACGCGCCGCCACAGUUUGACAUGGACAACCUACCCAAAGUGGAGGAGUUGGACGACGACAUCUCCAGCAUCAAACCAUCCGAUGUGGGGACAGAGGGGCCAAACGACUCGGCAGCGCCCGUCGCCGUUCCACGGAAACGUGGACGACCACGCAAACACCCGCUUCCUGCACCGGGUGGGCAGGUCAAAGUCACCAAGGGUCGAUCCAAGACCGGUUGUAUAACCUGCCGUCGCAGAAAGAAGAAGUGCGAUGAAACCAAGCCAGCAUGUCUCAACUGUCAAAAGAAUGCGGUCGUCUGCGAGGGAUAUCCCCCAAAGGAGAUUUGGAAGAGUGGUCGCCAGAAGAUGGCUGAUGCGGUUCGCACCCAGUCCCUUACAGCCGUCCCUCGCAACCUGCCUCUCCUCAUCGAUGGAAUCGAAACCGAUAUCGAUCGCCGUUUCCUCGAUCACUUCGUAUACGGAUUCAGCCGGGUCUUGACCCUCAUCAACGAUGACUCGAAUCCCUUCAAGGAGAUCCUUCUGCCGAUGGCGACGCAACAUCGGGGGCUGAUGCACUCGCUCAUGUGCUUGUCGGGGUCACAUUUGUCGGGUCUCGAUCCAGAGCCCAAGUUGAAGGAGCGCAAAUACUUCCACUUCCAUCGCGCGAUUCAGGAUCUCAAGGACAAUAUCACCGCGACGUCAUCACAGACCGCAAGCACUAGCACUAGCACGGACACGGGCACGGAUCAGGAUCAGCAACUACUUGUCGAAGACCCGAUCAUCGCAUCGACUAUCGCCCUCAGUUUGAAUACGAUCUGCGAAGGCGAGACAAAUGGCGAGUAUCGCCCUCACAUGGAUGCCGCUCGAUACCUGCUACUCUCGCAGCAACCGCGCAAUGAGAAGUUCCGCCAAUUCAUCGUCGAAUUUUUCCAGUAUCACGACAUUUCGAAUGCGCUCACCUCUCUGGACCGCCGUCCCUCGCUUAUGCAGGGUGGUCUGCGUCUACCCGACUUUGUACCCGGUGCCCAGGCCGGCAACUUCCUUGGGGUGUUUGACGGUCUCUUCAACUAUAUUUCCGAGGUUACUCAACUGCGAGACCGGAUCCGUCAGCGGUUCAACGAGGGCUACGAGCCUGCCGUGGAUUAUCAAACCCUCAGCGAAGCCGUUCAGAUCGACACGGCGAUUCGGUCAUGGAAGACCUCACAUGAGGAGGAAUCUCCAAACUGGUACCUGGCUCAACUAUAUCGUCAAUCGACAUGGGUAUACCUCUACCGAACGAUCCGACCCUCGCGACCGAGCGAUAAGAUUUCCCAAGUUGUCGACGACGGUCUAGGCUACCUGGAUCAGCUACCGCAAGACGCGGGAGCCUAUAGCAUCGUCUUGAUGCCGCUCUUCUUGCUGGGAUGUUCAGCCUUUGUGCCGCACCAGCGCGAGCGGAUUCAACGUGGCUUCGAAACCCUCAAAUCCUAUUCCAACCUCCGCAACAUCGAACCUGCCUUCAAGGUUGUUUCACGAGUGUGGGAGAUUAUGGAUACCAAAAUCGAGGACAGUUGGGACUGGGAGAAGAUCAUUAGUGACAUGAACAUGGAUUUCUUGAUCACUUAG